AUGCAAAAUAACUUAGACGUCAUUGAUUUAUGCAAGAAUACUAAGGGGUUGGCGAACGACAACGGUCCAAACGCAGAGUCAGCGUAUCAUUUUAUUGCCUACGUCCCUUCUGGUGGUUCUGUCUGGGAGUUGGAUGGUCUCAAGAGACAACCGGUUGAAAUUGGAGAAACCGAUAACACAAGUCGUUGGCUUCUCACUGCAAUGCCAAGAGUCCAGCUCCAGAUAUCAAAAUAUUCCGAGAACGAACUGAUGUUCACCCUUCUCGCACUGACACAAUGCACACCAACUUCCCAUGAGCGCCCAGCUAUGCGAAUGACGUCCCUAGAAAAAGACACCUUAUUUCCAUAUGCAACCCGUGUGAGACAUCCUUAUGCCGCAUUUAUGCGCCAUUACAUCAAAGUCUUAGCAGGAAAGGGUAUCCAGGUUGGGUAUUCUUGA